GAUCAGUCCCUGAAGAACUACGGUGGGAAUGUUACAGAGCGUUACAAAAUGGCACACUUCCUUUCAAGCAUUUGUACAACAGUUGUAUAUGCAAGUAGCAAAAAUGUACAAUGAUUUGAAGAAGAAGGAAACUGGAUAUACAAUAAUUGAGAGGUGGUUACGUGAAGGUCAAGGCAGUUAUGCUCCCACACAGAACAAUUUACCUCCUUCGUUGGGACAAACCGGUUUUACCGAUGCGCCACAGAUGUUUCCUCCUGUCAAUACACAAGCAGUGGUGAACAGUUCGUUCUCAUUCGCUCUUCCUCAGCAAGAACCCGCCGGUGUCCAGACGUAUCAACCAGGCACCUCAGUGUUUGGAGGGAACCAAGGACAGCAGCUGUGGUCUAACAGUACACCCGUAGACAGCUCUGCUUACACGCCACUAGAGGAAGUGUCCGAAAGAGAGCUAGAAGCAUUUAAGGCAGAGAAGUUUGUCUUUGGUGCUAUUCCAAUAAGACCACCACCGAAGGACCUAUGUAGAAUAUAAUCUAAGUAAAUGUAAUGUAAUUUUCGUUUGUAUAAUUAUAGAGAGUGUUUAUUCUUAAA